AUGUCCGCAAGUGGUAAAGACGAAAAGCGUAGUACAACAUCGUUAUAUUCAUUUGAUUCUCAUAAAAAAACUUCAACACCAUCAUCAAUUGGAGCAGAAACUUCUACGAUUCAACAACCAUCAGAAUAUCAUAGUAUGUCCAGCAUGUAUACAACUGCUGGUAAUAGUAGUAACAAUUAUAAUAUGGCUUAUUCAACGGCAGGAUACGGUGGUGACUAUAAUAUGACAUAUUCAUCAGUAACAGGUGGAACGAGCGGAAUUGGUCAAGGGAUAAAUACUUAUGCGAAUGUUAACACCGGUCAAGAUUCACAAUACUAUUCACCGACUAGUGCUCAAGAUGGUUCUUCAGCCUAUGAAUAUGCAUCGUAUCAACCAGCUGGUGUCAAUUAUCAAAAUGGUGUUGGACUACAGCAGGAUGAAGGUAUACAAUCGUGGGAUCAUCUAUUUGGUAACCAGUCAACUGGAACUUCUGGUAUCGGUAGCGGAGGUGAUUAUAAUACUAAUAACUUAUCGCAAUCGGUAUCCGGUACCGACUUAACAUCAUCAGCCGGUGGACAUCAACAGAACACAACAUCGUACAGCGAGUAUGGUGGUGACAUUCAGCAGGGUGGUUUACAAUAUGGAGGAGCCGCUGAAGAAGUUGGUAUAGAACAGGAUUAUGCAACAAUAGUUCGAACACGACAUCUUUACUAUGACCCAAAUCCACAAAUGAUACAUAGGAAACAGCCGUCGGAACCAGUCACGUACAAACAAAAUGUUAUGAUUCGAUUUCUUCAACCGCCACCAAUUCCCCCUCCUGGACCGUUAAUUGUUCGUGAAGUUAGGCCACCUCAGCCACCACCACCGCCACCUGUUGUAAUUCGGCAACGUCCACCACCAGUCCAAACACCACCACCAUUGAUUCUGAGAGAACGGCCUCCACCUAUUCCAGCUGCCAUGACCGCUACAGUUGUGACUCGAACACUUCCGUCCAUACCUCCACCACCUCGUUCUGUUAUUCUUGAAAAACUGCCGCCAUUACCACCAAAGCCGCGAGAUAUUAUCAUUGAACGAUGGAUUCCCUAUGAAUCGAUGCAUAAACGAAAAGUGAUAGUUCAAAAAGCAGAAGCAGAAAAACCUUAUCCAGCACCCCGUAAUAUUAUUAUUGCGUAUGAAAGUGUGCAAGCUAGAGUUGUGCGCCAAUUUCAAAAAUUAGGAGUUACACCCGAAGAUCCAAAAGCUUAUACCGCUCGAUAUGGUAGUUCACUAUUAGAUCCUCAGCGAUUAGUAACUGAAGCACGACAAUAUGGAGUUGUUGAAGAUAUUGUAAAUAUUGAAAGAAGGGCAACAGCAGCUACUUCAGCAAAUUCAUUUCAAACAGGUACGUUUGAUGGUGAAUAUUAUGGCGGUCUACAGGGAAGUAGCUCAGGAUUUGAAGUAGGUGCUCAGUAUGAAAAUUCACAAUCGUAUAAUUACGGUUCAAGUGAUGUUGUUGGUCAAGAUUUAAAUUUUGGCGGUAUCACCAAUUAUACAACAUCUAGUGCUCAAGAAUAUCAGUCCGAGGCAACUGUAGGCGCAAAUAGUGCCUCACCCUAUCUUACAGGUGAUCAGCAUUUUUCAUCAAUACAUUAUGGUAAUGGUGCAGCGGGCACUACAUCACGAAAUUUCAUUGCUCACGUCUCGUCUGAUCAAGGUCUCCGUACCGGCGAUUUUUAUGGUGGAGGAGAUGGUGGCAGUAUUGACUACUCUGAAGAAUUAAAGCGUUAUGGUUUUGAUGAUUCUGGUGCUGCCCUUCAGAACAUCUAA